AUGCAGAUUUUCGUAAAGACACUCACUGGAAAGACCAUUACUCUCGAGGUCGAGUCCUCGGACACGAUUGACAAUGUGAAGAGCAAAAUUCAGGACAAGGAGGGAAUUCCUCCCGAUCAACAACGUCUUAUCUUCGCUGGUAAGCAGUUGGAAGAUGGUCGCACGCUGUCCGACUACAACAUUCAGAAGGAAUCUACUCUCCACCUGGUGCUCCGUCUCCGUGGUGGUAUGCAAAUCUUUGUUAAGACCCUCACGGGCAAGACUAUUACGCUCGAGGUUGAGUCCUCUGAUACGAUUGAUAAUGUUAAGAGCAAGAUCCAAGACAAGGAGGGCAUCCCCCCUGACCAGCAACGUCUCAUUUUCGCUGGUAAGCAAUUGGAGGACGGCCGUACUUUGUCCGAUUACAACAUUCAAAAGGAGUCCACUCUCCACCUGGUGCUCCGUCUCCGUGGUGGUAUGCAAAUCUUCGUUAAGACACUCACAGGCAAGACCAUUACGUUGGAAGUUGAGUCGUCCGACACCAUUGAUAAUGUAAAGAGUAAGAUUCAGGACAAGGAGGGCAUCCCCCCUGACCAGCAACGUCUCAUUUUUGCCGGCAAACAGUUGGAAGAUGGACGUACUCUUUCCGACUACAACAUUCAGAAGGAAUCUACCCUCCACCUGGUGCUUCGUCUCCGUGGUGGUAUGCAGAUUUUUGUAAAGACCCUCACGGGCAAGACUAUUACGCUUGAGGUUGAAUCCUCUGAUACGAUUGAUAAUGUUAAGAGCAAGAUCCAAGACAAGGAGGGUAUCCCCCCUGACCAACAACGUCUCAUCUUUGCUGGUAAGCAGCUGGAGGACGGCCGCACUCUCUCUGACUACAACAUCCAGAAGGAGUCUACGCUUCACUUGGUUCUUCGUCUUCGCGGUGGUAUGCAGAUUUUUGUUAAGACGCUUACUGGAAAGACUAUCACCCUUGAGGUUGAGUCUUCGGACACGAUUGAUAACGUUAAGAGCAAAAUUCAGGAUAAGGAAGGAAUUCCUCCCGAUCAGCAGCGUCUUAUCUUCGCCGGUAAGCAAUUGGAGGAUGGACGUACCCUCUCUGAUUACAACAUUCAAAAGGAAUCUACCCUUCAUUUAGUGCUCCGUCUUCGCGGUGGUUACUACUAG